AUGGCGCCCGCGCUGGACGCCGACGCCGUCGUCCUGCGCCGGCCGCGCGCGGUCUGGGCGGUCGCGCACGACCCCUCGCGCGCCGGCGUCGCGUUCGCGUGCGAAUCCUCGGGCGCGACGGCGCGCGUGCGCGCCGACGCGUCGACGCGUCGAAACUGGCGCGUCGUCGAGACGCUCGAAAAGUGCGACCGCGCGGCGCGCGCGUGCGCGGUGUCGCCGUGCGGACGCCUCGUCGCCGUCGCGUCGUUCGACGGCGCGACGACGCGGUGGACGCGCGCGUGCGCGGUCGAGGGACACGAGAGCGAGGUGAAAUCGUGCGCGUGGUCGCGGUCGGGAUCGUUGCUGGCGACGUGCGGACGCGAUCGGACGGUGUGGGUGUGGGAGCGGUACGGAGAUGAGGAGUUCGAGUGCGCGGCGGCGCUGCACGGACACGGCGGCGACGUCAAGCGAGUGACGUGGCAUCCGACGGAGGACGUGCUGGUGAGCGUGAGUUACGACGAGAGCGUGCGAGUGUGGAGAGAGGACGCGGAUGGGGACGACUGGUCGUGCGCGCAGGUGCUGGGGGGGGAAGACGGCGCGCACGGGGAGGGACACGAGGGGACGGUUUGGUGCGCGAGCUUUGAGCCGCGAGCGCUGGACGACGGAUCGCGGGGGACGAGAUGCGUCACGUGCGGCGGCGAUGGGGCGCUGAUCGUGUGGAACGGGCGUGGGUUUUGUGACACGGAGUUAGAGUUCGGCGCGCGGUUCGCGUGCGGGCACGAUCGCGCGGUGCUGAGCUGCUCGUGGGGGAAGAACGGCGUCGUCGCCGCGGGGGGGGGCGAUAAUUCCAUUCGCCUGUACGCCGAGAUUGAUGGAACUUGGCGAGAGAUAGUGACCGUGGAAAACGCGCACGACGACGACGUGAACGACGUCCAGUGGUCUCCGCACGAUUCAUCCCUCCUGAUGUCCGCCUCGGACGACGGAACGGUCAAGACGUGGCGGUUUAAGCCGUAG